CUGGGGCUCCGGGGUGGCGGCGGCGCCGGGCCACCGCGUGACCGACAGUGGUCACACCGAACUUAGUCACAGCAGCUCGUGCUGCGGGCUGGCGGCGCCUGCCCUACCCCGAGCCGCGCGACACGGGACACUUCUCUAUGGUGGCUUGCUCUGAAAUGCCAAAGGCACCUGAUUAUUCAGAAGCGAGUGACUCUUUAACGCUUGCCGUGGGAACAGGAAGAUUUCCGGGACCACUGCACAGAGCAUGGAGAAUGAUGAACUUCCGACAGCGGAUGGGAUGGAUCGGAGUGGGACUGUAUCUGUUAGCAAGUGCAGCAGCAUUUUACUAUGUUUUUGAAAUCAAUGAGACUUACAACAGGCUGGCUUUGGAACACAUUCAACAGCACCCUGAGGAGCCUCAGGAAGGAACCACAUGGACACACUCCUUGAAAGCUCGGUUGCUCUCCUUGCCUUUCUGGUUGUGGACAAUUAUUUUUCUUAUUCCUUAUUUACAGAUGUUUUUGUUCCUUUACUCUUGCACAAGAGCUGACCCCAAGACGGUGGGCUACUGUAUCAUCCCCAUAUGUUUGGCAGUUAUUUGCAAUCGCCACCAGGCAUUUGUCAAGGCUUCCAAUCAGAUCAGCAGACUACAACUGAUUGAUACAUAAAGUCAGUCACCGUCUCCCCUUAUGGUUACAAAACUGCCAGUACCCUGGAGAAUGAUCACAAGACUUCAGUCUCUAAACAGAUCUCAGGAAGUUGUGGUGGGACAGAGGGUUUUUUUUUUUAAAAAUGUGACUAGGGGACUAUUUUAUCAGAAUAGUAAUGACGUUUUAGAGAAACAGUACUGCAGACUCAUGUUGAUGACUUCAGAUUUUGGAAGUAAAAUUAUGUCUUGUUAUUUGCAGUCUUAAACUUGAAGGUACCUGAACUCUAUUCUACUGUGCAACAUAGUGACGAAUCAGAAUUUUUUCCUUUGGGGAAAAAACAAACAUUUCCAUUGUGUUAAGUGUAAAAAGGUCCAACCAUGGUCAUAAAAUUUAAAUUUUACACAA